AUGAUUGAGAUUUUGAAUCUUUCAAAGAAAUAUUGGGUAUUAGAACGGGAUUGGUGGAAUAUCAGAGCUUCGUUUAUGGAUGGCCUGUUGACUCGAGGUAUCGACUAUUGGCGCUCACAGCCAAGGUGUUAUAUGCACAGUGUGCUUUGCGAUGAUUGUACCGGAAGAGGAGGUCGCGGUGGAAGAGAUUGUAGAUGCUGUUAUAAUCGCAUUGGAAGAAAGUUUUCGGUUGGUUAUUGCACAGUGGAAUGUUCCUGUUGCGAGAAGGCUUGGGACUUUAAACUAGCCCAAAAGGGAUAUUUCCAUAUCAAGGAAGACUUUAACACUGGCGGGAGUGCUUCUCUUUGA